AGUUCUGGGUUCCGGACUCGCGCGGCAGGUGUCACGUGGCGGGCACACAGUCCGGCGCGGGUCGGCGGGUCUCGGACUCUGGCAGCGGCGGCUGCAGCGUGGGGCCUCGGGGUCGCUGGGCUGGUGUGCGAGACCCUGUUCCGGUAGGUGGGCAGCUUCGGGUGCCAGGACCUUGGUGUCGCCGGCGCUCUCGGGGUGUGCGCUCCCUUUGUGGUGUGCGCCUUGCCGCCGCGCUUCCCCCGCAGCUCUGAGAAACCGGAAAAGGCAACUUUGAACCUGUGCGAUGAUGACUCAAGUCAACAGGGCUCCCAAGGAUGCUGACCUGUGGUCCUUGCAUGAAAAAAUGCUGGCGCAGCCCCUGAAAGACAGUGACACCGAGGUUUACAACAUCAUCAAGAAGGAGAGUAACCGCCAGAGGGUCGGGCUGGAGCUGAUCGCCUCCGAGAAUUUCGCCAGCCGAGCAGUUUUGGAGGCCCUAGGCUCUUGCUUAAAUAACAAGUACUCCGAGGGGUACCCAGGCCAGAGGUACUACGGCGGGACCGAGUUCAUCGAUGAGCUGGAGCUCCUGUGUCAGAAGCGAGCGCUGCAGGUCUACGGUCUGGACCCCGAGUGCUGGGGGGUCAAUGUCCAGCCCUACUCAGGCUCCCCUGCCAACUUCGCAGUCUAUACCGCCCUGGUGGAGCCCCACGGGCGCAUCAUGGGCCUCGACCUGCCCGACGGCGGCCACCUGACCCACGGCUUCAUGACGGACAAGAAGAAAAUCUCUGCCACGUCCAUCUUUUUUGAAUCUAUGCCCUAUAAGGUAAACCCAGACACUGGCUACAUCAACUAUGACCAACUGGAGGAAAACGCCCGUCUCUUCCACCCGAAGCUGAUUAUCGCAGGAACCAGCUGCUACUCCCGAAACCUGGACUACGCUCGCCUGAGGAAGAUCGCGGACGACAACGGGGCGUAUCUCCUGGCCGACAUGGCGCACAUCAGCGGGCUGGUGGCGGCUGGCAUGGUGCCCUCCCCCUUUGAGCACUGCCACGUGGUGUCCACCACUACCCACAAAACCCUGAGAGGCUGCCGGGCCGGCAUGAUCUUCUACCGGAGAGGAGUGCGCAGCGUGGAUCCCAAGACCGGCAAAGAGACUCUCUACAACCUGGAGUCGCUUAUCAACUCGGCCGUGUUCCCGGGCCUGCAGGGCGGUCCCCACAACCAUGCCAUUGCUGGGGUUGCUGUGGCCCUGAAGCAAGCUAUGACUCCGGAAUUCCGACUCUACCAACGCCAGGUGGUGGCCAACUGCCGGGUUCUGGCUGAGACCCUGAUGGAGCUGGGCUACAAAGUGGUGACAGGUGGUUCUGACAACCAUUUGAUCCUUGUGGAUCUCCGUUCCAAAGGCACGGAUGGUGGAAGGGCUGAGAAGGUUCUAGAAGCCUGUUCUAUUGCCUGUAAUAAGAACACCUGUCCAGGUGACAAAAGCGCAUUGCGGCCCAGCGGACUGCGUCUGGGGACACCAGCACUGACAUCCCGAGGACUUUUGGAAAAAGAGUUCCAGAAAGUAGCCCACUUUAUUCACAGAGGGAUAGAACUCACUCUGCAGAUUCAGAACGACGUUGGGGCCAAGGCCACCCUGAAGGAGUUCAAAGAGAAACUGGCAGGGGACGAGAAGCACCAAAGGGCCGUCAGGGCUCUGAGGGAGGAAGUGGAGAGCUUCGCGUCUCUCUUCCCUCUGCCUGGCCUGCCUGACUUCUAGGGGAGCCGCCCACCCGCACGCACCUGCCCGGGAACCACUUGCUCGAGGACCCGGUGCCCUUCUGAGCAGAGAUGGAAGGGCGGCCCCACGCAGGACCCGGCUGCGUCAACUUCUUCGUGCCCUCUGAGGGGCUUCCUUUUUGGACUCUCCUCAAAUUACCUCCUUCAUGAAUCAAAACUUUUUUUUAAGAUCCAUUGUAAUUCUGGGACAGGUUAUCAGGACGUUUAAAUUUGAUCCCUUCUCUCAGCUGUAUAAACGGUUCUUCUGGAAAAAUGAAAUACUUAGACUGAGUCCAGGGCAGACUGGAAAGACCCCAGUAGGUGUACUCGCCCUUCUCUGAGUUACUGGGCCUCCCCCAUACUCUGCGAUGACAACCACCCAAGUUUGGAGCUGCCGCCAGCCGCUCCUUAAUAUCCUGUCACACGGAGGGCCGCAGAGGAGGGAAAUUUUGAAGCUUCUGGUGAGUUCUAUACAAGGUGCCACCUGGUAUGAGGGGAGUUUCUCCACGGCAGCUCAGAACAUCAUGGAAAUGGUCUCCUUCACCCCCCACAUCAGGUGUGAGAACCAGCUGGGGGGGUAGUUUCCUGCCCUGUGCCAGAUAACCACCCCCUCCUGUAAUCAGGAAACCAAAUGGCACCUUCCCAGAGAAACUUUAUUUUUCACAAAGCUGAAGUGCAAAACAUAGAUGACCAUUUUUAAUAAUAAGCACAAUCAAUUUUUAACCACAGAAUGUCUACAUGAAUUAUAGCUUUAAAAAAUACAACCAAUUUUUAUAUUUCAAAAAUAUCUAAACUCAAAUAAAUUAAUUUCUUAAAAAGUA